AUGAAUUACAAGUUGGUUGAAAUUCGAGAUAGAGUUGCCGAAUGGUUUUCAAAUAAAAUAAAUGACCCGAUCCACCAGAGAAGGCUGGUGUUAGUUAUUGUUUGUAUAGCAUUGUUACUUGACAACAUGCUAUAUAUGGUGAUUGUACCGAUCAUUCCGGAAUAUCUUAUGAAUCUAAGACAAGGUCAAGAAGUUACCAAGCAACAAGAAAUAAACUGGACAGCGUAUAACUUGACAUACUUUAAUACGACGAUGUAUCCGCUGAAUUAUACUGGAUCUACCCCCGCGCCGCCACAGCAUCGUCACUGGAAUAAAACAUGGAAGAAGAUUUUCCUAAUAGACGUACCAGCUCCUCCAGUUAAUUACGGGAACGAAGGUCAAUUAUCUAUUGGUGUUUUGUUUGCGUCAAAAGCUAUUCUCCAGCUGCUUGUAAAUCCUUUUACUGGCGCUUUUAUCGACAGAGUUGGAUAUGAUCUGCCCAUGAUGAUUGGUUUGUCAAUCAUGUUUAUGUCAACAACAGUGUUUGCAUUUGGCAAGACUUAUGGCGUUUUGUUUUUUGCGCGAAGUUUACAAGGACUUGGAUCAGCUUUUGCCGAUACAGCAGGACUUGCUAUGAUUGCUGACAGAUUUCAAGAAGAAGGUGAACGAAAUAAAGCCCUUGGAAUUGCACUUGCAUUUAUAUCAUUUGGAUGUCUAUUUGCUCCACCAUUUGGCGGUAUCCUGUAUGAAUUCUGUGGGAAAGUCGUUCCGUUUUUGUUGUUAGCUCUCUUAUGCGUAGUUGAUGGUUUAUUGGUGCUAUUUGUAAUGAAGCCCGUUCGCAAACAAAGAUCUUUAAUUCCGCCCGAGGAUCGACCAAAAGGGACUCCAAUAUGGCGCCUUUUAAUGGAUCCAUAUAUUUUAGUCGCCGCAGGAGCACUCGCAAUGUCAAAUGUUUCACUUGCUUUUCUGGAACCAACCAUUGCAAUGUGGAUGGGCAAAACGAUGGGUGCUGAUGAAUGGGAAGUUGGAUUUGUAUGGCUUCCAGCUUUCAUUCCUCACAUACUGGGUGUAUAUCUCACAGUUAAACUGGCCAAGCUAUUUCCAAAACACCAGUGGCUUGUUGCAGCUCUUGGGUUAGCUUUAGAGGGAACAUCCUGCUUAAUAAUUCCAUGUGCUAAAGCAUACUUUGUAGUGUUGUUCCCAUUGGCCACGCUAUGUUUUGGAAUAGCUUGUGUAGACACAGCACUUCUGCCGGUACUAGGAUAUUUGGUGGACGUACGUUAUGUAUCUGUGUAUGGAAGUGUUUAUGCAAUUGCCGAUAUAUCAUAUUCCUUUGCUUAUGCGUUCGGCCCAAUUGUGGCUGGUCAACUUGUAGACAGUAUAGGUUUCACAUGGAUGAAUGUUUUAAUAUUUCUAACAAACGUAGCAUAUGCACCAUUACUCAUUUGUAUGAAAACGGUAUAUAAAUACAAACCCUUUGAAGACGAGAAUGAAUGUGAUGUGUUAGUCUCAGAUCCACCUACUAAACAAUACAUGACUAUAGUGCAAAAUGGCGGACCAUUUGGUGAUGGAACAAAGUCGGUCGACGUCAUUGGAAGAAAUCAUUUAGAGUUGUCUCCCCGAAACAGAAAGAAUUAUGAAAUCGACAGCUAUCCACCAACAAGUAACUUUUACGAUUCGGAUACAGAUUAUACAAAAAUUGAUGGCUAUGGUUAUUAA